UGAGUGGAACAAUGCCGAAAUCAAAAGCUUCAAGCUCAUCUGCCAGUGAUUCAGACAGUGAAGUUGACAAAAAGGUGAAAAGGAAAAAACAAACAGUGCCUGAAAAGCCUGUGAAAAAACAGACUGGUGGAAGCUCCAAAGUUUGCACCUCCUCCAAGCAAAGUAGCAACAGAGAUGAGAAUAUAUUUCAGAUUGGUAAAAUGAGAUAUAGUAUCAGUGUUUGUGAUUUUAAAGGUAAAGUCAUAAUUGAUAUUAGAGAAUACUGGAUGGAUCAAGAAGGUGAAAUGAAACCUGGCAGAAAAGGUCUCUCUCUAAAUCCAGAACAGUGGAGCCAGUUGAAGGAGAUUACUGAUACGGGUAUUGAUGAAGCAGUAAGAAAACUGUAAAGAUGAGCCAUGCAGAAACUCUACUGUUACAGGUUUAAGUAGUCUUUUUACAUUGGCAUUUGUUUUCUAAAAUAUUUGUUUUCCAAGCUAUUGUAUAUUUGGAUUGCAAAACAAUUUGUAAGAUGAGCGCUUUUUAAAAUGUGCAUUAAAAGUGUAUUCUGGGUGAAGUU